UUGGUCACGCGGUCAGUGACAUCAGACGAAGCGUUGGUGACGCAGAUAUGUGAUGGUGCAACACACGUAAUAUAACCGGCUACCUGUGAGGAUCUGUACUUCGUUUUCUCAGUCAUACGGAGAGUGGAUCUGUCUGAAGCGGAGACUUCUAUCUGUCAGAUCUGGUGUAAGCAGCACUUUUGGAGAAAACCGCUUUAGGAAUUAUUCGUUUCCAGUAAGGCUAACAGUUAUUAGCGCUGAUAGCAUAGUAAGUGAACUUUCACGGUUCAACCUUAACCUACUCGAGGAGGACAGCAUAAUAGCUAAAGACUAAUGUGAACUUUGAACUCUACAGGGGCAAAAUUUGGGCAAAAAGAGUGCGUUAGAUAACCGUGUAGUCCUGUCUGUUUAGCUAGCCGGACUUCCGUGUGUCGUUCGAGGUCAUUCUGUAGCGCUCAUUCAAGAGACACAGCUUCUGUCCCAGACUCUAGUCAUGAAGAGCCUGCCGUACUUCUGUCGGGGAGAGGUCGUUCGAGGAUUUGGAAGGGGAAGCAAAGAACUCGGUAUUCCCACAGCAAACUUCCGAGACUCCGUGGUGGACAAUCUUCCAGCAGAUAUCAGCACAGGGAUCUACUACGGCUGGGCUUGUGUGGGUAAUGGUGAUGUCUACAAAAUGGUGAUGAGCAUCGGCUGGAACCCUUACUACAAAAAUACCAAGAAAUCCAUGGAGACUCAUGUGAUACACAAAUUCAAAGAAGACUUUUAUGGAGAAGUUCUCAGUGUGGUUCUUGUGGGCUACAUCCGCCCAGAAAGAAGCUUUAACUCACUCGAAGCCCUCAUUGCAGCAAUCAACAGUGAUAUCGAGGAGGCCAAGAUGAAGCUGGAGCUGCCAGAGCAUCACAAGCUGAAAGAUGACAACUUCUUCACCAGCACGGCCAACUCCUCUUCAGUCCUGCCCACCACGCCCAGCCCGUCCACGUCACAGACUAUUAUGAACGGUCACUAACAGCUGGCUAGGACAGCAGUGCUGUGGAUACACUCACACAGACCAGAAUUAGACAAAGGUUUAUGUAAAUGCUCAGCCUCGCUGUCACAAUGCAUGCACAUGGACCUAAUCAUAAGCAAUCCUUUUUUCUUUUCUUUUCUUUUUUAUUCUGUUUUUCUUUUAUGUUGUUGGUGUCUCUUUGUAAAGAGCUGUUAAGCUUCCUGCCUGGUUUUGUCACACAGACUGAUUAUGUCUGCCUCUCAACGGUCCUGCUGUAUAUUUUGGAAUCGUUUACUAGAGAAGGCACUAAAAACAGACCUUGGGAUUAAGGUAAUUGCAACCACUGCAGAGGCAGUUGUAAAAUAUUGUGUGUAAAAGGUACAAAUAGACUAUUAAGUGUCUGAUCACUAUUUAUUUUGGUUGGAAAUACAUGACUUAUCUUUUUUUUCUGCUUCAGCAAUGGUUAAAGAGAAGGUCUGGGCAUUAUUAUCUGCAACAAAAACACACAUUGUGCAAUCUGAGGCUGUUUGAAAGUCUUCAGUUUUCUUGUUUUCUCCUUACAUGUCCCUCUUCAGGAAAGGAGAAAGUAAAAGGACACUGCCCUAAAACUUAUACACUUGGCCAGAAAUUCAGUUUUGUUUUGACGCAGGAAGAAAAUGGUUAAGAUGGUUAUUUAUUGAAUGAUAUGUUUACCUAAAAUGUUUUAAGCAAAGGCUUUUAUUAAUCUUUAUUUUUAUUUUUAUUUUAUCUUGAUUUAGGUAUCACUUAACUGUCUUGUCAGCGACCGGUCCUUUUAAUCAGCAGUGAAUUAUAGAUGAACACUAAGGCUGAAAAGGGCUUUAAGCACGUUGGGAAUUUGUUACUCCCUUUAGCCUUUUCAUUUCAGU